UGCGCCCUGAACUGUGCUGCGCAGUGAGCGCAUAGGUGGAAUCUGGGACAAUGAGUGCGUAGCUCCGGAAGAGACAACAGGAUCAGAGGGGAAGGUGUUUGAGAUACACGUCCCAACUGAUAUUCAUCACGCAUCAUGGCAAAGCGGGUCAGACCUGGCUUUUACCGACAAGAAAUAAACAAAAGCGUCUGGGAAGUACCGGACCGGUACCGCGAUCUGAUUCAGGUGGGGACCGGAGCGUACGGAACUGUGUGCUCAGCGCUGGACUCCAGGACGGGAACCAGAGUGGCCAUCAAGAAGCUCUACAGACCCUUCCAGUCUGAGGUGUUCGCCAAGCGGGCCUUCAGGGAGCUGAAGCUGCUCAAACACAUGAAACACGAAAAUGUGAUUGGCCUUCUAGAUGUAUUUACUGCAGACCUUUCUUUGGACCGAUUCAAAGACUUCUGUCUGGUGAUGCCGUUCAUGGGAACUGAUCUGGGGAAGCUGAUGAAGAAGACCAGACUAUCAGAAGAAAAAAUCCAAUGUUUGGUUUAUCAGACACUGAAAGGACUCAAGUAUAUCCAUUCUGCUGGUAUAAUUCACAGGGAUCUCAAACCAGGAAAUCUUGUCGUCAACCAAGACUGCGAGCUCAAGAUCUUGGACUUUGGCUUAGCUCGGCAGGCGGACACUGAGAUGACAGGCUAUGUGGUGACCCGAUGGUACAGAGCCCCGGAGGUCAUCCUCAACUGGAUGCACUACACACAGACAGUGGAUAUUUGGUCUGUGGGCUGCAUCAUGGCAGAGAUGCUGCAAGGAAAACCCCUUUUUAAAGGCAGUGACCAUCUAGACCAGCUGAAUCAGAUCAUGAAGGUCACAGGAACGCCGAGUCAAGAAUUCAUAUCAAAACUAGAUUCCGAGGAUGCUAAAAGUUACCUCAAAAGUCUCCAAAAAAUAGAGAAGAAAGAUCUUAAGACAUUGUUUCCACCAGCUAGUUCCCAAGCCCUGGCGGUGCUGGAGCGCAUGCUUCUGCUAGAUCCUGAGGAAAGAGUGACAGCUGUGGAGUCUCUGUCAUUGCCUUACUUUGCUGUAUUUCGAGAACCGGCAGAGGAGACUGAGGCUCAACCGUACGACAACUCGCAUGAAGACAAGGAGUUGACUUUGGACCAGUGGAAACGUUGUGCCUUCACAGAAAUCUUGAGCUUCCAGCGUACGAUGUUGGAUGCAAAGGAAACGCCACUUUAAAGAUGAGUGAACUACAGCGGAGGACCAAACAAUCUAAUUCUGAACAAAGAGUUCAGAAUUAGAUUAGUACACGUCCAACAGGCCUGCUGCAGAUGCAGAUUUUAGAAUUUUCUAAAGUAAUUUGUUAAAGAGAUAUCUCCAAGCGUGUCACUCCUACAGAGCCCCGUGUUAUCGUUGCCCUCACCAACAGCUCUGAAGUGUUUGAGAUAUCAGAAGGCGUCUUCAGUUCAGACUAAUGGAAAUUUAAGGAACAUCUCCUCUUUAUCGACAACGAAACAUCUGCACAUGAAUUUUUAUUGAAUAUUUGAAUUUCUGUGCAAAUAGUUGCCAUUUUCAAGCAUUCCAGUUGCAUUUAUGUAGUUCUUGAUAGCUAAGUGUAUCAAACGUUUUCAGACAUAUCUGGUACUAUUCAUUUUCUUCUUUCUGCUCCAUUUCAGUAGGUUACUUGUGAUUUUUUUUAAUCAAAACCUUUACAAAUUAAAGGUUAUUUAAAAAAAUACAUAAAGGUAUUAUUAUUAGUGUUAUUAUUGUUAUGAUUGUUAUUAUUAUUAUUGCAUUGAAUGGAACAGAUUUAACAAUCUUAAAACAGAAAUCAUACAUUUUUAACUUGCAGUGGUUUUUAAAAAAUAUAUGGGCAGUGUGGAUCAGUCCCCAGGUGAAGUAUUAUUUCAUGUUUUGUUUUUUCUAAGUGAUGUGGAAUGAAUUUGAUCAACUCUAGUUUGAAAUCUAAAGUACUCUGUAUCCAAACAUAAACAUUCAUCAUUCAGAGAUGAAUGGAGGUUCUUUAAAGUGCAAUUUAAUGUUUUAUUGUGCCUUUCUUUUGGUUAAAAAACACAAAAAGAGCAUUUUUAAUUUGUUUUGGUAGUAAAUAGUCACAAAACCAGGUUUAUCUGGUUAAGCCUGGACUGAAUUUGAUCACUGAUUUUGGAUGUAUUAAUAGUUUGGGGUUUGUCAAAUUUUUAUGAGCAAGAGGGGAUUUUUGGUUUUCAUAAAAAUGUUAAAAUCAUUCUUGUAAUUAUGAAUAUGUUUUAUUUGUUAGGUUGUUUAUGGGGGUCAGGAGGAGGGCUCUCACCAUUCCUGCAGAAAGCUCCUCUGCAUUGAACUAUUUGAUAUACACUCAUCAGUCAUGCAUUACUACUAAACGGGGCAGCAUUAUUUUCAUGUUAACUGUAUAUGUUUUGUUUCUAAAACUCAUUCAAUUAACCAGAACAUUACAAGUGUAAGAAUUAAUUUGAGUGACCACAUUUUAAAAUUUAAUAUUUUUAAUAUUUAGUUUUAUUUACCUUCCCCAUAAGCAAUGAGUUUUUCCAAUAUCUUUUCAAACAAACAUUUGAUUAGAUUUUUUUCACACCUGUGCAUUUGUAUGAGUGGCCUUCUUGUUUCUACCAGGUGCCUUACAGAUAGUAACCAAACACAAAUAGUGCUGAGCAGAACAAGAAUUGUUUCACCAGGUUAUGCACAAUAAUCCACUUAUUGAUUAAAGGGAAAAAAAGUGUAAAACAUUCCUGAUUCUGCUGCUUUUGUCAAACAACUACACAGGACACAAUAACUGAUCCAAUAAUCAAUAACUGAUUGCUUAUUAGAUAAUAAUAAUCAUUGGAUUGAUUAUCUAAUCAAUCCAUUAAUUGGAUAAUCAAUGCUAAACUCUGUUCAGCAUGUUCAGUGACGACAUACUGAACUUUGAGUCAGCUGGAUAUUGUAGCUCUUGACGUUUAUUACGUAGCAACACACGGCGGAUUUACAGUUUUCCUGCUUUCGCUUUUGUAGUUGUAUGUCUUUAAACUGUGUAGACAAAAUGAAUUAAAGGACACAGAGCAAAAUAAGAAAAGGACAUGUCAUUUUUGUAUAAUUUUCUUCAUAGAAAACAUAUUAAUGUGCAUAUUUGUUACACACAAGGUAGUUCUCACUGAAAACCGGCAAUGUUUAUACUUUUUAUUGCAAAGCCCUGAAAUUUUUAUUUGAUUGGUAGCUUAUUAAACACUAUUGAACUAAACAAUAUAUUCUGACAUGUGUCUAAGCUUAAUUGAAAUUAACACUAGGUGGCAGCAUCAAAACGAGCAAGAUCCUGUUCACUCCAGGAAUUCUGAAAGUUCUUCUCGUUUCAGAUUGAAAUAUCUUGUCAAAGAGGGAAUUUUCUUCCAUGUAAGUUUACCCUUGUACUGAAAAAAUGCCAAAGAAAGAAUCUCAAGAGAUUCCACUGGUUAUUUGACUUUUCUUUCUGGUCCCACUAUCAUCUCAAGCCCCUGAUUUAUUUUUUAUCUAAAUGUCAGUAAGGUAAUUACGUGAAUAAAAUAUUGAUCACAAUAGCCAUUACAUUUACAACGCAUUUUCAUGCCAGUCUUGGCCCUGUGAGCGUCGGAGCGUACUUGUGUUCAUCUCUUUGUGUCCGGUUUUAUUUUUCUAUUUUAUGUGAUUAAAUUGGUCAGAGAUGAGCUGCCAUGGCAGCUGUUGCAGUGAUUUAUCGUACUCCAGGCACCCCUGACAACCUCGUGUUUUUUCCCACUGAAUAUGAUUGAUGAUCUCAAAAAACGAAUGUUUAAACAUUCUUGCCGAAUGCCUGUUUGCUUUGAGAUUCUGCUCAUUCUUCUGCGCGAUUCUCCACUGCUGGGUGUUGAAUUUAGCAGUCUUGUCUCAAGUGACCUCCAGAGCCUUGACUCCCAGAGAUGGCUCCCCAGCGGAUGAGCUUCCUUCCUGGGGGUGAGCAUUUCCAAAUCAAAUCGUGGCUGUUGUGUCCUCGCCGCAUACACACAGGCACAUGCAUUCAUGGGGUCAGGGUGCUGCUGGUUCACUAAAGAGUCACAGAGUUCUUUUUUUUCCUGCAGGAGACAGAUAAACAAGGGGGAAAGUACAUUUUCUUUACCCCACAACCUUUCAACUGCAACAGCAAAUGGAGUGACUGCCUCUUGUUUGCUGACCCUGCAGUCUAUUUGUACAGUUCAGUGGAUUUAAGCUCUAAGACAAACAUGCCAAGAAGCAAGGAAAAUACUUUUUUGUUGUUGUUUUGCAUCCCAUAAACUUUAAAGCUGAUAAGCUCGUAAGGUUUUCUGAAGGUGUCUUUUUGAACGAUGAGACUUUUUACACAUAUUUGGUUGAGUUCCUAAAAAUAAGAUGAAUACUUUUGUUCGUUUGCUUGAUAGGUCGUUUAAGUUUGACCCCAGACGCUUGAAAGGCUUCUAAAAUCAAAGGGUGUCCUAGAGUUGAAAUAGUUUGCAUUUUCUUACUAGCAAUAAGUCACAAGCUACAUGAACCCAUAUUUUCCCAUAUUUUUAAGAGAAUCUAUGAAAAAUGCCAAAGAUAACAUCGUUCAGCAGGAGCAGUAAAGUGAGCCAAACAAUCAGUUGGCUGAAAACUUGGCAGACAUUACGUGAUUAAUUGUUCAAGUCCUGCUUUAGUUCUUUGCUGGACUUUUUUUUUCAGCUUCUGCCAAAUUGAAACACUUAAAACUUUGAUCGUUACUGAUGAGAACUUCAUUAAACAAUCACACGAGCUCCUUAAAAUUAUUAUAUGCACAACUAUAGCUUUCCAAAAUGAAUUGCCCUAUAGUGUGUUGCAGAAAUAGUAAGUGAUUUUCUAACAUUUAUACAUUUAGUCACAUCACAACGACUAACAAUCUUGUAUUUCAUUAGGGUUUUACGUGAUGUACCGACACGUAAUGGCAUAUCACUGUGAAAUGGAAAGAAAAAAAAAGUUUUCCACAAAUAAGACUCUAAAACAUGUAGAAUGCAUUACUGUCCAACCCUCUUUACUUUCAGACCCGCACUAAAACCCAGAGCAACCAGUUUGCUUCUGAAGUCCCUUAAUUAGCGAACAGUGAGCCUCAAUCGACAAAUCUUCAUACAUCUCAAUUAGCACUGUUCAGCCAAUUAUUUGAAAGUGGACACAGUAUAGCACAAGUGCACCUUUACCAAUAUAUGACUGUUCAUCUAAGCUAAUUAGUGGAGCAAGGAGCUCAUUAAUCAGAGAAAACAGAAAUAGGGGCAAGAAGAAAGCCAUUAUUGAACAAAAAACAUACCAAGUCUCAUUUUCAGUUAGCCACAAGCCUUGUGGGCGUGAUAGAAAAUAUGCAGAAGAUGUUGCUUUUGUCAGAUGAAAACAAAUUUGAUUUUUAAUUUUGUUGAUCCGGUUACCUAAUACUGGGAAUACACCCACAGUAAGAGACGAUGUUGGCAUAAUAAUAGUGUGGCGAUGCUUUUCAGCUCUUUAGCUGACCAAGACCCGAUAGCAAGAUGGAUCAAGCUAAAUACAGCUGUUUGAGAUUUCAGAACAUUUCAGACAGUGGUGGAGGUUCACCGUCCAGGAGGACAGCAUAUGUAUACGUAUAGCCAGAGCUUCAAUAGAAUGAUAAUUUAUGUCUGAAUGACCCAGGCCUACAUCCAAAUAAAAAUCUGUGCUAAGAGUUAAAGCUGGUACUCACUCACAGAAGCUCCUUUUAGAAUACAACUGAUCUGCUUUUCAUAUUAGGCAUGGACAGAACGUCCAGUCUUGUGAAAAGAGUAAAGCUAGGACACAGGGAGGGCAACUCAGCACGGCUGAAUACAAAUGCACACAAAAACCAAAUAUAAGCCAUUGAUGUUUGUAGUUGGAACAAGGCAAAUUGUAAAAAAA